AUGACAAUGCCUCUAACCGUAGAAAGAGUCGCAAGAUGCAUGGCAGAAGCAAUUCCGACCAAUGCUAAAGACGAUAAGACCUACAAUAUCACUAGUCCAUAUCAAUCAAUCGCCCUCUUCUCCCACGCAUGUAUUGUUGCUUCUGGUCUCCGUCUGAUUGGUUUAAGUGAAGGUCAAGUAACGAAGGAAGAUUGUAACCACAUAGCUCCUCGCCUCCCGGCGGAAUGGAGCACCUCUUUAAACUAUUUCACAUUUAUGUACAUCAAUCAACAAUCCUCCUCAAAGUAUGUUGUUAAGGUUGAUCAAUUAGGAGAAAAAGCUGAGAUUAGAGCUAUAAAACUUGGAGAGAAUCAAAUUAUCAGACUUGAAGUCGCAGUAAGGGAUUACAUAUCUUCAGCUGCACUACCUCUACGACUCACAAUGACAGUGACGGGAGAUGAAGAUCGGUCCAAUCUGGAUGAAAAUUUUGAAAAAGUCUUCUUUUCUCGCACAAAGCUAAAAGAACUUAUGUCUCUGAUUUAUGACUCAAUUGUUGUAAAUCUAGUCACAAAUGCAACCAAUGUUAACUGUGACUUACCAAUUAGUUCAUUGAAAUCAACAAAUAAUGACGACAUAGAAAAUAUUACCCCUCAUCGCAAACUAUCUCAGACUUCAGAGAAAAUACAACCUCAUAAUACUCCUAUCUCUAUUCCGACACAAACAUGUUCCUCUCAAGAUUUCACUGCUUCAACAUCUAGAGUCUACCCCCCGGGCGGCGACUUUCCACCUCCUGGCUUUGAUGAUGAGUAUGAUAUGAUGCGCCUCCCACAACCUCGACCUCAUAUUUAUGGGGAAGUGCCGUUCAAUAUUGGCCAUGAUGACCUUAACCCUCCCAGCUUAGGUCCACAUGAUCCCCUUAGAGGCAGCUUCGUCGGGGGUGGUAUUGGUGGAGGUACGAGAGGUAUGCAUCCCACCUUUGAUGAUCCGCUAUUUGGAGGUGUGGAACAAAACAAUAGUAGAGGCCAAAGAGCUGUAGUUCCGCCAGGAGCAAGAUAUUAUCCCACUGGACCCGGUGAUCUGCCUUCCAACAGAGGGGGACCACCAAAUCCCUUCCAAGGAUUUGGUGGGGGAGGUUUUAUAUAG